GCUGGGUAGCAGGGAGCUAGGGGUGCUACUGUCCACACUGCAGGGCUCUGUUGAUGCUGGAAGCACCCUUAGUAUACUCAACAAGUUGGAUGAGUUGCUAUCAGCUGUAACUGCAUUUUCUGAGCAGAGUCUACAGUAAGCUGGUUGCAGUUGGAUUGAAACGUCAUGGAUGGGCAGUGCAGGACUGAUUCGAUGUGAAUUGAAGAUGGCUGGACUGACAGACGGAUCCGCUACAUGAUCUCUAAAGGUGGGAGCGAGACCCUCCUUGGCGUGCUGGUGGAAGAGGCCAGAGCCUCCAUUCCCGAUUACAGCGUCCUGCUCCCACUGCUGAGCCUCCUGGCCAAGCUGGGCCCCCGAGACAGAAGAAUUGGUCAGAAAGCACAGGCAGCUGGGGCAGUGCUUCUCACCCUGGAUCUGCUGCGACAGAACCUGAAAUGUGACAGGAGGGCAACGGCCUGUCUCUUGGUCCUUCGGGUUUUCUGCUCCUCGGUUUCCACCGCUGUACUGAUUGGCAAAAACAGAGGCCUGGAUAUUGUAUUUAAGCUGAUAGCCCCUCAUACGACAAAGCAUAUACAGAUGGUGAAAGCAGCCAUAGAUACACUCGCCGCAAUAUUCCAUUCAAAGGCCAACAGCAAGUCUGCGGCCGCCAAGGGUUACAUCUCCUGUCUGCUGAAACUGUACGAGGACUGGCAUCUGAAAGACAGGGAGAACUGCUGUGUUCCCAUCCGCAGGGCACUGCUUCACUGCCUGCACUGUGCCACCAACACGAGGGCUGGGAUGGAGGCCCUGCUGGCAGAGGAAGGCAUGACACUGCUGUUCCAAAGCACCCAGGCUUGCCUGGGCGUUAAGUGUCUGGACUCCCUGACUGACUCUGCUGUCCAGCUGAUGAGGAAGUGUCAUCCAAAGUGUCCUGUUCCCCUGACCUCAGAUCAGAGUGUCUACAGCUUUCCUCUGCCAAGGAGGCUAGUCUCAAGUGUGCCUACUGAUCCAGAGGUCCCAGAUGAUAGAUCUGAAAAUGACAGUGACGACGACAGCACGGCCGAUGAGUCUGACCACAGGGAAUAUGACGAUGAUCUGGAGAUAGACUUGGAAAAGCUACGCAACAGACCUGAACCUGACAGACCGUUGGAACAGCUAGGCCAGUAUGUCCGGCUGUGUCCGGAGCUGCGCCAUGACUUCCCGGAUCUGGACUCAAGCUCUGAGGUGGAUGGCAGUUCAGACGAGGAGCUUGUACCCAAUGGAGAAGGAAAAAAUCACUGUAAGCAACAAAGGAUAUCGCGCCACCAGCAGGAACGAGGAGGCUCUUCCUCCACCAGACCCCUUGAGAAGCAGGCCACCGCAGAAGAGGUGAACACAUCUCCUUUCCAUGAGGGAGGGGGUCCAGCUGAGAACCAUUGUCUGGGCAGGUCCAAACGGGACAGUCACAGCAUGGUGGACAGACUCUUGGAAAGACACAGGGCCUGCAUCCCUCAUCACGACCCACGCAAGUACGCGGCCAAUGCUGCGCAAACAAAGUCCAUAGCCGGCUACUCCAUCCUGGCCUUUCCAGACUUCUGGGGCCACCUCCCACCAAGCUACCAGGAGCCAAUGGCAAGCCGGAAACCAAAUGUGCAGAGACAGAAAGUGUUAGAAGACAUCCGGCGCUUCCUCUGCCCCGAUGAUGUUAUUGAUCGAGUUGUGUUUGACUUGGAAGAUCCCAGUCCUCCAGGGCUCUUUGAAGAGCCCUGUUCCCUGCGUUUCUACUCCAAGUUUGAAUGUGGAAACCUGCGGAAAGCUAUCCGUGUUCGCAAUUACGAGUACGACCUGAUCUUGAAUGCAGACGUAAACUGCUCCCAUCACCUCCAGUGGUUCUAUUUUGAGGUCAGCGGAAUGCAGGCCAACGUCUCCUACCGCUUCAACAUCAUCAACUGUGAGAAAGCCAACACCCAGUUCAAUUACGGGAUGCAGCCUGUUCUGUUCUCAGUGUGUGAGGCACUCUUGGGACAACCACACUGGCUGCGAGUGGGCAGUGAGAUCUGCUACUUCAGGAACCACUUCAGCCCUAGCGAUCACCUGAAAGGGCCCUCAUACUACACACUGAGCUUCAAUGUGACCUUUCCACACAGUGAUGACGUCUGCUACCUAGCGUACCAUUACCCAUACACGUACUCUACCCUGCAGACACACCUGCAGAUGCUGGAGCGCUCGGUUGACCCCUGCAAGGUGUUCUUCCGCCAGCAGAGCCUAUGCAGCAGCUUGGGAGGAAACCCAUGUCCCCUGGUCACCAUCACCGCCUGCCCCCCGUCCCGCAGCUGGAGUCACCUGUACCAGCUCCGUAACCGGCCAUAUGUGGUGCUAACGGCCCGGGUGCACCCUGGAGAGAGCAAUGCCAGCUGGGUAAUGAAGGGAACACUGGAGUUCUUGUGUAGCGGUGACCCUGUUGCAGAAGGACUGCGAGAGGCCUACAUCUUCAAGAUCCUUCCCAUGCUCAACCCAGACGGGGCCAUCAACGGCAUGCACCGCUGCUCAUUGAAUGGAGAAGAUCUCAACAGGCAGUGGAUGAAGCCUGACUUGAGCCUCAGUCCCACGAUAUACCACACCAAAGGCUUCCUGCUCUACCUCAGCAGCAUCGGGAGGACUCCGCUGGUAUUCUGUGACUACCAUGGUCACUCCAGGAAGAAAAAUGUCUUCUUGUACGGCUGCAGUGUAAAGGAAACACUCUGGCAGUCUGGAUCGACGGUCAACACCGCCACGCUGAAGGAGGACCCGGGAUAUAGGUCAAUCCCGAAAACCCUGGACAGGAUUUCCCCGGCGUUCUCCUUCAACAGCUGCAACUAUCUAGUGGAGAAGUCGCGAGAGGCGACAGCGCGGGUGGUGGUGUGGCGUGAACUGGGGGUCCUCAGGAGCUACACCCUGGAGAGCACUUACAAUGGCUGUGACCAGGGCAUCUACAAGGGUCUGCAGACUGGGACGAAAGAGCUGGAGGAAACGGGCCUGAGGUUCUGUCAGAGCCUGCUGUCCCUCCGGAGGAACACUCUAAUCUCCAGCAGGAAGUUCUUCAGCCAUGCGUCAGCCCUCCUCGACCUGGAUGACAGCCUCCUCGACCACAAGUCCCACAACUCUUUUGAGGAUGACGAGCCACCUUGCGAGGAGGAGAUUGAGUAUUUAAGCAAGCGCUCUCCGGAGUUUGGCGGCAACAUGCGGAACUCUGAGGUUAAUGGCAAUGUGUCCAGCUCUGAAGAGGACGCUGAUGAGGAGGAGUGGUGGGAAGAGCCCAGGAAUGGCCUCCUGCACCCAGACAGGAAGCCCGAUCUCAUUCCCCACCUUAAGCACGAAGCCUCUCCAGAGACACUACAUAUCAGUCGUGGCAUGGGUAGCAGCAUUGACAUUGUCAACGGGGAGCACUUACUUAAUGGAUGACACUUUAACAUUCAGGUUCUCUAAUGCUUUUCAACUUAGAACGUAACUGCUAUGUGCAUCACCUUUGAUAAACCCUUUGUGGAAUUAUCUGCAAGCCUGUAGGCUUUCAAAUAAUUCCACAAAGGGAAGAACAAUUUGUUGUGUAACUCCUUUAGCAAGAGUAACAUACCUUGCCAUUUACAAAACAAGCUGAGAAAGCCUACUUGUGGUGGUGUCAUUGAGGUAUGGUAGAUGCUGUAUGACACUGUCAUCAUUACCCUUUUCCAAAAGUCCCUAUGCCUAGCUUUCUUGAAAUUUGAUAGCUGUGGAAACAUUAAGACUAAAUACCUAUAGCUCACCAGGCCAACAUAUGCAAAGGUGCUGUACCACUGAAAUAGUGUCCUCUGGUAAUUUACGAAAUGUGUUCAUACUUUUAUAGUUCUGUAAAUAUUUAUAAUGCAACUAUGAACCUGAUGUCUGUUUCACCAACAUCAAAAUUAUAUAUCCACAUAAUAUACACAUAUACAUAUGUGUUUGAAUUGUAGCCUGGAAAUUGUUUACUGCUGGAAUGUUUGGAGGACACCCACACAUUUUUACCAGAUGUAAUUAUGGUACUCUACAUGCUGAUUAAUGCACAAAAGCAGUUUGCAGUAGUGGGGUUUAUGCAAGUGAUGCCUUUUAUGGCAUUGGUUUAUUUAACAAAAGAACAUGGUACAUGUAGAAGUAAGCAUAUGCAGUAUAUUAGAUCAUUAAUAAAGACGCUUUAAGUACGUCAAAUACAGUAACUCAUGUUUAUGGGAUGCAGUCUUUCAAUGCUGUUUGAUAAAAGUGCAUAAAUCAUAAUGCAUAAAUAAUUAUUGAUAACAGCAACUAACAACCAUAUGUAUAUUAUUUCUCAAUUUAAAUUAAUAUAUUUUGAUAACAGUCUUGUUAUUGUCUGUUUUGUUUUAGUUUUUAAAUGUGUUUAAAUGUUUGUUUCUCCAUGUUUAUCAUGAAUGCGUCUUAUGUCACAUGACUCUUAACCCCUGUAGGCAAGUAAGACUUCUUUUUGCAUUAAAUAUCAAUGCAAUAUAGGAAUUACUUUCCUUCUUCCUACUUUCUUCUACCUACAUACAGUGGGGUCCAAAAGCCUGAGACCACUAGUGAAAAUGCUUCCAUUAUUGGCAUACGCUCUUAACCAGAGCGACAUACAGUUGAUUAGACUAAGCAGGAGACAAUCCUCCCCUGGAGCAAUGCAGGGUUAAGGGCCUUGCUCAAGGGCCCACGGGUGUGCGGAUCUUAUUGUGGCUACACCGGGAUUAGAACCACUGACCUUGCGUGUCCCAGUCAUUUACCUUAACCACUAUGCUACAGGCCGCCCCCAAAAACCUUAAAUAUCUCAGAAGAUAAUAGGAAUAUUGAAAAGCUAUGAACAAGCACAGUAUUCAAGACAUUGUUUACUAUGGGCCUGGUGAUUUGAUUGUUGGUGGAGGUUUCCUGGAGAAACUCUAUCCACGAUAAAAGUGCCUAUAAUACUUGUGUCCUGUGGUUGCGCUCAUGACAAUUAAGAUCAGUCUUAAGAUAAAAACAUUUUCCACACUCUCGACACCUCGACACGGCUUCCAUUUUGCAUUCUUUUCCAAUUUAAUACAAACUGAUUAAUGUCAUCCCAGCAUUAUGUGACAAAGUUCCUUUACUGAAUGCUUGGCUUUUCUCAGUCUUCAAGUGCCCCCAGAAAUGUUCAAUGGGGUUGAGGUCAGGAGAUUGUGGACUGUUUUCUUUGGUCUUUGAGUAUUUUUUGCAAAGCUUUGAAGUAACUUUGAAGUAAUUUGUUUUAUUUUUUCCAAAUCCUAAAACUUUUAAUUAUUUCCAGGAAUACAUUAAGAAAUAAAGUCAAGGUGGUCUCAGACUUUUGGAUCCCACUCUAUACAGUAUUGAUGGAAACAAACUGACCUCAACAUAAACCACAAUUUAUAUAGAGAAUAUACUACAAAUAUUUAUCUGAAGUACGGUGCUGAAAACAUGACACAAUGAGUGGGAUAAAAAGGGUAAAAGAGCUACUAUCUGCUGACAUGAACUUUUCAUGACAAUGGGUGAGACACUGAUCAGUUAAUGAAUG